AUGAAUCCCAGCACUGACCACAUGUACCCUCCUGUCUACCUGGUAGACAGAAGUGGCCUGCAGUCUUCCAUGACAGACCCUGGCCUGGUGCCCUGCUGGUCCUUCCCUCCUGCUGUGGUGAAGACCAAGAAGAGGGGCUCCGGGGGAGCCUGUGUGCUCACUGUGCUAGUGCUGGUUCUAUUCCUGGUACUGGCUGCGCUGGGGCUUGGCACCUACCAGAUACUGAAGCUGCGGAGUGAACUGGAACAGUUGAAACAGGAUGUGAGUGCACAGACUGACAGCCCCAAACUCCAGAGCCAAAUUAGCCUCCAAGAGACGAACAAGGAGAAGAAAGAAACCAAACGAGCAGCACAUCUCAUAGCUCGAUUUGAAAAGGACAUGCACUCCAAGACCCACUGGGACUCGUUGCAUUGGGACCCAAAGAAUGGCCGUGCCUUCACCAGCGGAGUGGUCUACCAGGAUGGGGGGAUACAGGUCAAUGAGACAGGCCUGUAUUUCGUGUACUCGCGGGUGGAAUUCUUAUGCAAGCACUGCCCCCCUAAAGCUUCUUUCACCCACACCGUCUUCAAGAGGAGAAGGAGAGAGGAGAAGUACCCGCCUCGCACCCUUCUGGAGGGAAACAGUUUGGGCUUCUGUCAGCCCCAAGCUGGGAGUCCUUGCUCCUCUAGCAGUUACCUAGGAGCUGUGCUGCGGCUGGACCGCCUGGACCAGGUUUUCGUCAAUGUGUCACACCCCUCCCUGCUCAGCGAGCACCACAAUGCCAACUUCUUUGGACUCUUCAAGCUGUGAAACACCAGUCCCAAAACGGACCCUCUGCAUGAUAUCCAUAAAAAUGGGCUGUCAAAAAAUUAUUUCUUCUGUUAGAGAAAACCCUUUAUCAAAUAAAAGCUAUG